CAACAAUGAUAACUCAGAACUGGAGGUGUACAGUGUGACUUUUAAAAAUAGUGAAACAAAAAAUGCAAUACGAAAAAUACAGAUCAGUUCAGCCAGUUCUACGACAGUUCUCAGCCUCUGCGAGGUGGAAGCUUAUGGGGGUGAGUGUUGUUUUAAUUUACUUUGGUAGACACCGUUUUUAUUAUUUCCUUUUUUAUUACACACAAGACGUAUAUAUAAUGUUGGUAAAUUAGAACACACUGAAUGUUAAUUACACAUUGUUGUGCACACCACAUUGUUUGUUGUGUAGUUACGUCAUGUUUUCAUGCUGUCUUGUUGGUGCUUGAUGUAAGUAGGACUCCAUGUUGUUCUCUUAUAAUAAAACGUUUAACUAACCUUGGUGGUUGCCUCUGCUUGUUUGAUAAUCUUUCUUGUGAAGUAACUGAGAAAUUUGAUAUUUUCACCAUAUAAGAAAUCAUUGCGUUUUCGCGAGACGAUGGAGGAGCUAUAUUCACUGCAGGGAAUUGUUCAUUAGGCCAAUCCUGGAAUGGCAGUCUCCGAUACAUUUCUUGCAGGAGAAUAUUGACUCCUGGUUAGAUUUGGCCAUCGGUAUUGUUCUAUUUGGUGCAAAAGCCUCGUUUCGUGGCUCUUCCACCUUUUUAACUCUUUCAUACACUGCUGUUCGCCAGCUUAAACUUUGGUCACCAAUGAUCUUCCGUUCAUUUAUUUCAAUGUUGGCUUCCGUCAUGCUACUUUUGCAAACGUCCAUAAAUCGCAUCAGUGGUCGUCCAAUAACUCUUUCCCUUUCUGCCAACCAUUCAGCAGAUCAUUUGGACUACGGUCUACCUCUAUUAUCCUUAAAUGUAAUGGCCUUACAACCGAAGGCUCCUCUAGGUAAGAACUGAGAAUUUGCUACACAUUUGUGCACGUUUCAAGACCUCUGUGUUAGGCACCUUUUCCUGCAAUUUAAUGUGUAAAAUGCGAAGCAGUCAUCUUUGAUGGAAGCUGUUAAAGUAUCAACUCAUGACUGGUGUAUGUGGUCCACACUUUGCUGUGAUAUAGGAGCGUACUAAGCAAAUAUACCUAAUAGACACUUAGUUUUGUUUCAUCAGACUGAGAUUAUUUCACACCCACUUAUUCAGUUCAGCCAUAGUUUCUGAUGCUUUUAUGAUCCUGAUGUUUACCUCUUCGUCAAAAGAGAGAGAACGAGAAAUCAAAGGUCUGUGAAAUGCUCAACAACGGCCAAUUUUGUUUUCUUUAGACUAAUUGAAAGUCCAGUUUUUUUAAAGCGUGUGAUAGACGAUUAACUAGCUGCUGAAGACAUUUUUCUGUGUGGUAUUGUAAGGAACCUUGCUUACUAUCUUAUCUGAUUAACUUCAUCUAGAUCUGGUACUCAAUAAGGAAAAAACUCCAGUAAUACAUUUGCUGAUUAAACUGGUGUUCUUUAUUUGGUCUGUCACUUGCUUACACUUUCACUCAUCUCCCAACUCUGACUUCUCCCUGCUAUCUAGUUUCAGUCCGGCCACCUUCUCCGCUAACCAUCCGGCCACGCUCUCCCUUCGUCCCGUCCAGAGAUCCCUAUUUAUACCUCCCUGUCCCAUAGUUCCUCUCCCAGUCCAGAUUAUACCCCGCCCCCUUUUUCUCAAUUGUCGGUCUAGACGUCCCAGGUAAAUGCCCUGGUCAGAUGGAUGGUCGUGUCUGGGUGUCAGGCGGCCGUAAUUGGUCAGGCCUUUGAUCCUUGGGUCCGUCGUGCUCCACAAGCUUGAUCCUUCGGUCAGACGGAUUACGUCAGGCGCCGUCGUGGUCCGGCGCUCGUGCGUGGUCCGACUCUCCACAAGCUUAGGUGGCGACUCUCCACAAGCUUGAUCCUUCGGUCAGACGGAUUACGUCAGGCGCCGUCGUGGUCCGAACUCUCCACACUAUAUAAAGGCGGUAUUAACAAUCAGCUGUUCAUGAAUUAGUACCUUUUCUACAUGGAUCUUUUCAAGAAGGCGUGCGAUAAUGAACAGUCUACCAGCAGAUCUGUUGUGUAUGUAAAAUCCAUCUUCACAGUCACCUGAAAGGAAAUUGAAGGUGCAUCGAGAAGAAAAUUUAGAAGAGUGUAGGUAUCAGUACACAACCUUGUUUUACUCAGCUGCUGACUGGAAAUGCCUCAGAGAUUGGGUCAUUGAAGGCUUCUGUGCUUUGCAUAUUUUUAUAAAAUGACUGUAUGAUUGUUAGGAAUCGUGAGGGAUAAUCUAUUCUGUGCAAUAUACUGAACAGGCCUUUAACAAGUCAAGUGCGUAGUCAGAUCUAUGAAAGGGCAUAUUUUGUUCAUGACACUUGACCUGCAAUUGGCGUAACGAGACUAUCAUGUCUAUAGUUGAUCACCAAAUUCAAAUGACUUUCCAACCAAGCCAAGGAGAAAAAUUACGGCAACAAUUCAUGAAAUCCCUAGAGGUUUUUUUUUUUUACUGUGCUUUGUUUCUUGUCGUACUUCUAUUCGUCCUGUUUGCUCAAGAAGGCUCAUAGCCAAAACCUUUACAUCUUAUCGUUCUGUCUCUUGAUUAAUGCUUCAACAUACCUUGUUUACUAUUUCAUUCACAUAGCUUGAAUGAAUCCUUUUAAUUAUAAUAUAUUUUUCCAGCCUACGCACACUUUCAGAAAUACACCUAUGAAAAACAAUUGAUAAUUCCUUAAUAAUUAUCGACAUAUAGCUCACCACUUAUAACAAAUUAACUGCAUUAACAAAUGAAGUAUAUAUAUAUAUACAUAUAUAUAUAUAUAUAUAUAUAUAUAUAUAUAUAUAUAUAUAUAUAUAUAUAUAUAUAUUGUAAGGAAACCUUGCUUGCUCUCUGCUAACCUUCAUCUAUAUCUGGUAAUCACUAAGGAAACAACUCAGGCGAUAACAUUUGAUGAUUAAAAUCGUGUUCUUUAUUGGGCUGACACUUCGCUUAUACUUUUUCUAAUCUCCCAACUCUGACUGUCGUCUUCUUCUACCGUCGGAGCUCUCUCUCUCUGCUAUGUCCGCUUCUCUGUCCGUCCGCCUUCUCUCCGUCCCGUUGAGAGGUUCCUAUUUAUAAGUCCCUGAUCCAUAGAGUUCCACUCCCAGGUCUGUACUAGCACCCGCCCCUUUGAUCAGCCCGCCCCUUGAUCAGUCGGCAAACAGUCGUCCCAGGGAAAUACCCUGGUCAGAUGGCCGGUACCGCCCGGCGCUUUGAUCAGUCGAUCGUGAUCCCUGGUCAGAUGGCACCGGCUGUACCUGGUCAGAUGGCCGGUAACCCUGCUGCGAGAUCUGACGCCGCGAAACUAGUCAGCUAGCACUAGGGACCAGUGAUGGCACCGGCUGUACCUGGUCAGAUGGCCGGUAACCCUGCUGCGAGAUCUGACGCGCGCUUUGAUCAGUCGAUCGUGAUCCCUGGUCAGAUCUGACGCCCCCGGCGCCGUCGUGGUCCGAACUCUCCACAAUAUAUAUAUUUAUAUAUAUAUAUAUAUAUAUAUAUAUAUAUAUUAUAUUAUUUAAGUUGGAUUUAUAUAGCGAAGUAUCCAAACCCAGGGCUAGGCUCAUUGCAAUUUACAUAAAAUGUAGCAAUUACAGAGAAUUAUACAUUUUAAAACAACAAUUUGAAAAGCUUGACCUCAGCCACCUUAGUAAUAUCUACAACCGUCUAGCCAUGGACAGCACCCAGCAGCAUGGAGUGUUGUUUAUCAGUUAAAGAGACGUUUUAGAAUGAGUCGGUAUAGUAUAGAUUGGUUUUGAGAGUAGUUUUUAAGGCUGGGAUGGUCGGUAUACUGUGAAGAGAAUUCCAUUUUUUAGAGCACAGAAAGAGAAAUAUCGUUCACCACAUGUUUUAUUGCAUGUUGUAGAAUACGCGUGUCGGCAAAGAAACAAAGCUUUUGAUGGGCAAAAAGACAGAAAAAAGUUCAGUAAGAUAGGAAUUGCAGGUACCAGAGAAAAGGUUGUGACAGAGAACACAUAGCUUGUGAUCAAUGCGUGCCUAUCAAGGGAGCCAAUUAAUUGACUUAAGUAGUGGAGUGACGUGAUCACGUUUCUUAGCUUUUAGAGCUAACCUAGCAGCUGAACUUUGAACUUUUUGCAGUUUUUAAAUGAAAUUUGUUGGUGAAUCUGAAAUAAUAACAGUAUUUCUUUCACGCAGUACUAUUAAAAGAAAACAUCUUGUGUUUGUGGGAGGAUGUAGUUAAAAAAUGAAAGCAGGACGCCCCAGAAACAAAAUAUAUAAUAGUGUAUAUUUGAAUAUGUAUUUACUAUAACCAUGUACUGCUGAAACUUUCAUCUUUCUAUUUACAGUUGAUUAUUAUUUUGUAUUUGACAUUAUGAUUUCUUUAAAUUGUGAAAAACAAAAUUGGUAUUGACUCUCCUCUUUACUUCUCGAAUAAAUAAUCUUGUCCAUUGCCUGCUUUUAGUAUACCCUCAAAAUGUUCAGCCCACUCUCCAGUACUUAACUAUUUUACGUAAUUAAUUCUCGUCGUGGCUUUCUCCAAUCUGAGGUCUGGCUUGGUGUUCUUUUUUUAAAUCUUUUAUCUUCAGGCACAAUCCUCUGAUGUUAAUAAUUGUAUUUCUCUUAGUUGCCAAACUUUUUCCAAUUUCCUUUUGUCUUUUAAACAAUUCCGUGGCUUCCUUCUGGCUUUAUUGUAUAUUUGUCUCGUCUUUAUGUUUCCUUUUAAAUCUUGAUCAUUCAGGCCUUGUUCUUUUUUUCGAAAGUUCCAAUGCAUUCAUAAUCAAAUUAGCUACUCUAAUGUUAGCUAGCUAAAAUCCUACCAUGUUUUCAUAUCAUUUUGUAUUCAGUCCCACUGUUCAUUUAUGUUGUUUUCCGUGUUUAUUUCCACAAAUUACACUUCUAGUUGUGUUGCAUCUUCAUUUAAUAAGUUUUUGUGGCUAGUAGGCAUUUGGAACGUUUUUGUAAUGGUAACGUUUUUCUCUUUAAACAGUUAAGGGUUGGACAUUACACAAUUAUUAUAGUUCAGGGUUGGAACAUUAAAAUAUUAAUAUAUUUAGGUUUGAACUAUUCAAAUAUUAAUGCACUCAGUGAUACACUCAGAAAUUGAACAGAAGUUCUGACAAAACGAUAUACAACUAUUCUGACCACACAAUACUUCAACAAACGCUUUGCUGCUGACCAAAUUUGGGAAAGAGUAAAUUCUGAUGGACUUCCAAAACAAUGUGUGCAAUGCAAUCAAAACAAAUUUCAACUUAUUUGGAUUAAUAAAAGCAUCUUAUCUUAUCUUAAUUACAAAGAAAUUUUUUGUAAACAAAGUUCCGACAAUAUUGUUUAGAAGCGAAGCAGAGGUUGCGUAAAUUUAAAAUGUAGGUAGAUACCAAUAUGUUUUUGAUAAUUUACGUAAAAAUGUUUGUUUUGGUCUACAUUAUUUAGUUUAAAAAAAGUUCUUAAAACACAAACAUGUGAGAAUCAUAAAUAUCUAAACAAGGACAUCUUUUUAAAAAAUCACGAAAGUCUAAUUUUCUAUUUCAUAAACAUUCAUGACAAGGCCAUUUAUUUAUUUUCUGAAUGUAUAAUAUCAAAACUCAGCUAAUUUACAUAUUUAAAAUUUGAAUUUUAAAAAUUAAUAUAAAUUUUCUUCAAUCCCGACAAUAUAUAUAUGUAAAUAUAUAAAUAUUAUAUAGAUAUAUAUAUAAGAAGGAGCUAGGCUCAUCAUAACGCAAAGGAAAGGAAGCGAUUUAAAUACUUUCAGAUUCUUUAAAACAAGGAUAGUGAUUUUCUAUUAUUUUAUGGAAAUCAAAUAAAUUUAAAUGCGCAACAAAAUAUAUAUCCGCUUUUAUUUAAAUAAACGUUUAGCUAUAUUAUUAUAAACUAGAAUUAAUGACCCGAUGUUAUCGGGAUAAUAAUGAUAGUCCCUUUGCUAUAAAUUCUACCUGCUAUUGCAAAACCUCAUCACAAUUCAUAACUUUAAAAAAUAUAAUGAUAUUAAGUUUCAAACAUCAUUACAUUUUGUGAAGUAUUUAUCUGCUAUAUAUUAUACGUCUACCCUACUCCCUUUAACGCUCCUAAACUACUUUUCCCCCUUUAAACAUAACCUGUCAAUACCCAUUCUAAAUUAUCACUAACUAUAUCACUUUUGUCACUAAAGAAGUUAAUGCAGGGACGAUUUCUACGCUAGAGAAAUACUUAAGAUUUACCCCUUUUCCUGCCCUGAAUUAAAGUUUUUUUCUCUAAAAAUUGUUAAAAAACAUCUUUAUUUUGAAACAAAUACUCUAUAUAUGAUAUAAAUAUAUUUUAUAAUACAGAAAUUUGAUAUACAUUAAUAUCUUCAUUAAUAUUUGAAGACACUAUUGCAUUUUUUAAAAAUUAUACAUUAUAAUAAAAUCGUAAAACAAACAAUUCUUUUAUCUAAAGAAGAAUCUCGAAACCAUUUUUCACGUCUAUAACAGACGUGUGUCUUUUUUAAAAAUUGUUAGCCUCAUAAUAAUAAACACUCACUUUACCUUUCGCAAAGUAAAAACAAAAAUUUAUUUUCAUUUUUAUGAAAGAAAAUAUUAACUUGUCUCCAUUUUUCAAAAUUAAAUUUUCAAGUGUGUAAAAUGAUUGGAUUUUGAUAUUCAUGGGUAUACCUAUUUUAAAUGACCCUCGUUAUUUUACCGUCAUUGAUUUUUUUUAUUGGUUAACGUAUGUUUAUUUAUUAAAAGAGAAUGUAACAUCUCUUUUUCACAAAUGAAAUACCAUAGGUUUUAUAUAUAUUGUCAUCCAUUUAAAAUGUACACAUCCUAUUUCAUACCUCUGAUAUGGUACCCAAGAAGGUUAUUUAUUAAUCCAAUUCAUUCCUUUAUUUUGAGACGUAUCUUGUUCUGCCUGGGGCAAAAUGACCAAGCCCCCAUCAAGAUUUUUCUAUUAAAAUUAAUACAAUCUUCCACAGGAUUAUAGUCCCUUACAUACCCAAAUUAACAUAUUCUGCCCUUCAUAUGGUUUGUUCUUAUUUGGACGAGUUAUAAGAGGAUUAAUGAAUGAUAGUUUGCUAUGGAGUUUCGCUGCACUGAUUGCCCUAGACUGGCAUUUUUCACUAGAAGUAUAUUUAAAGGUUAGUUUAAAAGUAAACAAUUUUAAAAGUUAAAAAUACAAAGCUUAAUUAUGGGUUUGUUUUAUUAAAAAAAUUAAAAAGCAAUCAAUUAUAUUUAUUAAUUUUAAUUUUAAGAAGGGAAAAUACAUAAUCACUUUUGUCACGCUUGGUUAUUAAACCAAAGAAACCUAAGAGUUUUGGAUAAAAAGGCAAUUUGCUCUAUGACGUUAUUUGCGUAAUUAUUUAGAACAAAUUAUUUAUUUUUCGCUAUAUUACCAACGCACUAAAAGAUGCACUAAAAAUAACGGAUGUUUGGGUUUUCUCGAUUAUUGCGAUUACGGUGAAAUUCUUUGAUGUGAACUAGAUUGUGAAUGUUGGGUAGGGGGAGUCGUGAAUCGUGAGAGUAUUUUGUGAGUUGUUCAUCGUGAGGUCAGAGCGUGAAGUUAGUACGUGGUGUGGUACGUUUGUGUAGGCUGAGUUGUUUGUGUGGUAAUAUAAAAAGUGAUGUGUGUUAGCUAGAGGUCAGAGAGAGAGAGAGAUUAAAGGUAGAAGAGCAAGAGAAGAAUUGUUAGGCGCCAAAUGUUGUCAGACAAGAGUUAGUCGAGAGUAGUGUUAGGAGAGUGGAUAAUUGGUAGUUGGACUGAUGUGAUUUCAACGCGCCAUAGCAUAUUGUCAUGAAUAGCAGUAUCCUGUUUUAUAAAGUAAUAAUAACAUAUUAUAUUGUUACACUGGACCUUGUAUUUUAUCUGAGAGAUUCAUACACCCUAGACACCAUAAGAAGGCCGUAACAUUUCAAGUGUAAGAAAGGUCGUAACACAAAGAAACCUAAGAGUUUUGGAUAAAAAGGCAAUUCGCUCUAUGACGUCAUUUGCGUAAUUAUUUAGAACAAAUUAUUUAUUUUUUUCGCUAUAUUACCAACGCACUAAAAAUAACUGAUUUUUGGGUUUUCUCGAUUAAUGUGAUUACGGUGAAAUUCUUUGAUCUAUAUUUGUUUAUUAAAAAAAUGUUUCUUCAUAACUUUCAAACAGAUAUAAAAAGCUUCAAAUAGUUCCUUACUUGACAAUUUAAAUUUUUUGCCUGAGACAGCACAGGACACGCAGCAUAAUGGGUGGGGGGCAUUUUACUUGUUAUAGCCAUAUCUCAAAUUUGAAUUAGGACUUAAAAUACGAUGAUAUUAAAAAUUAAUGUAUGUUAUAACAAUUAAUGGAAAUAGAGUUCAAUGGCUUUGAUAAAGGGUAGGUACAUUUUCAUAAAUAAACCCAUUCCUCAAAUAAAAUGGAAAUGUAGACAAAGCGGACUCGAUUUUCUAUAUUUUCCUAAUUUUUUUUAAAAAUACAGUUCAAAUGAGAGGAUAAAGGUUUGGCACAAAUUUAUAAGAAAUAAUUAUUUAUUUAUUUAAAACUAUGUAUUAUAAUUGUUUCUUUUGAAAACUUUAUUAAGUGCGAGACAUAAAUAGCCAGCACAUUUUUAUGUGGAGCUCAAACUGCAAUCAUUUUGACCACAUGAAAAAAUAUCUUUAAAACAGAUUGACGUUUGCAUAAAAAAAAUAUAUUUUUACUAGAUGUAGCCCGCCAAACAUUGGCGAUGGCAAUGCGUGAACUUACCAUCUACUAAAAUGACCUGACAAGAACGUGGACUCAUGUUACGCACAUUUAAGAAUGCCAAUUUUGCUACACCCCCCUGUGGUGAUCUGACUUAUGACUUAUUAGAGAGGAGUGUCUCUCGUAUGAGAUCUCCUCUUGGCACUCUGUCUAGGGAUAUGUUAUUUAAGCCGAAUAACCACACGGACAUAACACCUAUCUAUAUACAUAUAGUAUAGACUGAAAUGAAGUCUUAGUUAAAGGUGAAAUUAACUACAAAUAUUUAUUACACAAUAAUAUUUACAACUUCCUAUGUGAAACACUCGUGGUGCUCAAUGUAUAUACAUCAAACGGAUUUCAUCCAAUUAGAGAGGUACAUUAACACAAAGCAAGUGUCCCUAACAUACAGACGGUAUCAUCAUUACUACUGCUAUAUUGCUCAAGUUCUAUGCUCGAUCUUGGUAAACUUAGCCUUUAUAGUUUCUGUGAUGGUCUCGGUGAAUCACACAGUGUGGGAGUCCUUCUGUUCAAGAAGCGUGUCCCUGUUCCGGCCUUCGGUGCUGUUCUGAGCGUAGCGAAGUCGGAGUUCCCGGUCGUAGAGUCCUUGGGAUGUCUGUGUUACAAAACUACUAUUAUGUGUUGUAAUUAAUUAUGUUCGUUCUGACCCAAUUAUUAAAAGUAUUGGGUUUGAAAUGUUUAAUGUUUGUAUUAACAAACAAAGGUCCCUUUCCUCUACGUAAGAUUAGUACUGCUAUUAUGGUUAUGUCUAGGGUACGAUUAAUUUCCUGAUGAAGUAUUCUACACUAAUCCUACUUCACACUCACUCUAUCAUUCAAUGAACUCUCACUAGCUCUCACUUGCAAUUCUAGUAAUACUUUAACUAUACUAAUAACACAAGAGUGGUUCAGCCCACAAAUAAAUAUUUAAUUAUAAAAAAAAAAAAACAGAACUAUCAGCAUACACAUUAAAUAUACUAUACACAUAAACAGGAUAACAAGAUACUGCCCAAUAUUAUUGCAUAGUAGGCUCUCAAUGGCGAUCUGGUCGAAUAAGUAAGUCCCACACACACACACCACAGCAGCCCUCUGCUCGGGUCACAACGUACUGCGGGGUUGGGCGGCUUGACUGCGUAGGUGUCUCCGGUCACUGGCACUGCGAGGAGGUAGGUGCCGACUUUGAAGUUUACUGUGGGUUGCACACACACAGCAUAUGCUACCGUCUUGUUUGAUUCCUUUGACUUAUCUCCUGCUAGCCACUGCGCUUCCUCUAACUGAACUGUACUAACUUUAGUUCCAAAUAUUAUUUAUUGAACUGUUACAACUCUGACCAAAUGUUAUUUACUUUACAAACACUUUCUGGUCAAAUAUUCUUCACUGGCCAAAUGUUACUUACUGUAACUUAAUUCAUGUAAUUUACUUCAUGUAAUUUACUUUACUUUACUUCAGGUAAUUUUACUAUUACUGGGUGUAAUUUACUUCACUUUACUAUUACUGUAAUUUACUUCAGUUUACUUCACUUUACGUAACUUCAGUUUACUUCACUUUACGUAACUAUACUUUACUUAACUUUACUGGCUAGAAAUGAGAAUAAUAAAUACAUUGCAUAAGACAUAGCUAAGAAUUACAAAUCACAUCACAUUAUAAAUUAUUAAUAGUUAUCAUAUUCAAACAUUAACAAUAGUAACUAUGGUCCUACCAUUUUCGUAAUAACAUUACAUCUACGACUCUACAUACCAGUACACAUGAAUAUGACAGUGAACAAUACUAACCCGACACAAUCGGAUAAACACACUUUAUCAGCUAAUUAUGCCAGCCAGGCUCUUCUGACAUAAUUCAGGUAAGAGAGGCCGAUACAUGAUUUGGGCUUUCAAUAUAUACUCUAAGUUUGGCGUGCUUGUCCCGCAUUUAAGCGUGGCAUCCCAGAGUCGUGUUUAAAUGACUCACAAGCGUGGCUUCGGAUUCCGUUACGCGUUGGUCAUCAGAGUGACAACUCAGAGUUGGGACGCUUGACAAGAAUGAGUGUAUUGCUUAAACUGGGUCAUGGCCAAAGUGAAUAAGUUAAUUUCCAUUGUUAUUUGAGUCUACUUUUAUUAUUUUAAGGCCCAGCCUAAUUGUGUCAUAUCGCGUGGGGUAGCGCUGAACGCGUGGGGAAGCGAUGGAGAGAGUGGAGCCAGCGGGUCUCACAAAGGUGAGGACCAGCGGGUCUCAACAGUCUGCGAGGGGAAGAUGACUCUCCCGCGAUGAAUCGUGGUGGUGAGAGUCCCUGGAUCUCGAAGUCCUAGCUGUCAUGUAGUUUGGUGUAGGAUGUAGAUCAAUCCCCUAGUUCCAGCUCAAGGUAAGUCGGUCCAGUAGAAGAAACCAGGUAGUACUCUAGGUAGCAGUUGCAGUUAAGUAUCACGCCAGUGAAGUACUAAGUCUAGUCACUUCAAGCGUCCACAAUCAAGUGAUCAGAUCUUAAAAGUCAUGUACUUGCUAAUAUCCUAGGAUGCAGUUAUGUAUCAUGCUGACGAAGUUCUGAGUGCAGAUCCUUCCAGCAUUCACCUUCAAGUGAUCAGAUCAUAAAAGGCAGAAUCUUGCUUGUUCAGGCUAUUUAUUCGAGUUCGAUGACGAUUAGCUGAUGGUUCAAUUGGGUGAUUCAAAUGAGGGGUCAUUUUUCCAUCCAAUGAAAAUCACUUUCACUGUUGCGGGUUUGACCUUCAACCCUCAAGGUUAAUCGGACUGAGGUGACCAUCCUUUUUCAGGCUUUGGCGUGAGUUCUCUGUCUAGACAAUGCAUUUCCAGCAAGGGACGAUACUCCGCCUUGCUGUCUACAGGGCAAAAAUGAGGGGGGGGAUGGUAUUAUUUCCUCAAGGUUGUUCGGUGGGUUGGUUGACCGCAAAUAGCAUGUUCGGAGGGGGGGUGAGCGAACUGAUGCAGGAAUACAAUAUCACAAGGGAACUCACUCGUGCUGAGCGACGGCGGGGCAUCUUGAGGGGAGGGAAAUGAGAUAUUAUACAGGGGUUUACGAUGAAGGAAAUUUUACAAAGUCCAGCCUCAGAUCGUCACACCCCCCCCCCCACCUUUUCAUGAUACGUCACGGCACACGUAUUUUACGGUGACCCGCGGCUUAGCAUACGUGAGCUGGCUGGUAAGCGAGGGUGGUGCAGGAAAGGAGGGCAGUAGCUCCAACGCAGUGCGCAUGUCUCGAGACCAAUAAUGGGCAGGCAAGGCAAGGGAGGGGAGGGUUUGCCUGCGUCUUGCUUGCUCUGGCGUAUCUAUACAUAGCCUGUGUGUUGUUUGACCCUUCUUGUUGUUUGACCUUUGCAGGCGAAUAAUAUAAAUAGAUUCUUAUGUCCCAACCACUUUUAAACCGAAUAUUUUUUACACAAUACUUAAAUUGAGAUGAUUUCAUUUCCUAAAAAAAAAUAUUAUGCACCAAACACAAUUGCGUUAUUAAAAAAAAAAAGAUAUAUAUCAUUUAGCGUAGUUAUUGGGAAUUAUAUUUUGCACGCUAGUGAACUCAUUAUUUAACCCCACUCUGGUGUAUCUAUAUAUAGCCUGCGUGGUGGCUGUGGUGUUUCACCUUUGCUGGCGAAUUAUAUAUAUAGAAAAUUAGUUUCUUUUUUAUGGAGUGGUGCUUUUUCCUCCAAAUGUAGAGACUUUGUGUGGAAAAUCCUGAACAGGUCUGUUUAGCUGCAACCUUAGCUACGCCAUUGAAAGGAAAGCAAAUUUAAACGGGAUGAUACACAUCUUAAGGUGGCAUUUUGACGGAUACCCUUAAGUGUGGAUUUUGUUUUCUUACGUAACCAAUUGAAAUCAUUUUAAAUUUGAGACUUGACUGCCAUUAUAUCCUUUUUUUCCAAACAUUUCCAUUGUUAAUUAUAUUCUUUAAACUUUGGGAUUAUUUUGUUUACAUUUGAUAGUAGAAAUAUUUUCAUUUUCAUUUACUGAAUUAAAUUGCAGACACCAAUAUUGCAGGAACGAUUGUUUUAUCAUCUCCAUGAUGUCUGUACGAAAGUUUAUAUCUAUAUAGUUCCGAUGUUUCUUCUUCUUCUUCUUCUUUAUCUUAAGGGCCCACGAUCAAUUUAUUGAUCAUUUUGGCUCCUAUGCAUGUAGAUGGGAUUUGCAAUGUUUCUGUUACUGGUGGUGAUGAGGAAAUUAUGCACUAGGGGUUUGAAGGCUUGAGGCAAUAGACACAACUGUGUCUUGUGUUGUCGCCUCAACUGUUCCUUUUGAAAGAUGGUUCCAGUCCCUGAUUGUCUUGGGCAGGAAUGAGCAGCUCCUAUACUGGCUUCUUGCAUGUAUGAGCCUGAAUUUCCUGUCAUGGCCUCGUCGCUGUCUAUGGGGGAGAGGGACGAGUUUCUGUUUAAUACUGGAACAGUGGACCAGCCCAUUAUUUAUCUUGUACAUCAUGGAGAGCCUGGAUUGUCGUCGUCGUUUCUCCAAUGUCUGGCUUCUUGCUGGUAUGAGCCUGAAUUGCCUGUCAUGGCCUCGUCGCUGUCUAUGGGGGAGAGGGACGAGUUUCUGUUUAAUACUGGAACAGUGGACCAGCCCAUUAUUUAUCUUGUACAUCAUGGAGAGCCUGGAUUGUCGUCGUCGUUUCUCCAAUGGUGACCAGCCUAGUGUUUCUAGCAUGCUGCCAACACUAGAGGUAUUCCUGUAGCGGUUUAGGACAAAGCGAGCUGCUCGUCGCUGGACCGCCUCCAACCUGUCAAUGCUCUUCUGGGUAAAUGGGUCCCAGACUGAAGAUGCAUAAUCUAAAAUGGGACGGAUAAAGGCUUUAUAUGCUCUUUCUUUCACACAGGAGUUGCCAAUCUUUAGAUUUCGCCUUAAGAACCCUAGGGUCUUGUUUGCUUGGUUAUAUACAUUGUUAAUAUGCUAGUCCCAGCGGACCUCUCUUUGAAUGGUAACACCCAGGUACUUUACGGAGGAAACUUGCUCAAGAAUAUGGCCGUGCAGUUUGUAUUGGUAGUGUAGAGGAGUACAACUUCUAUGUUUAAUCACACAUAUUUGUUUCUUUCCUCAGAAUGUCCUCCCAGAAAGUGGGGUUUACAAUGUAAAGACAGUUGCCCCGCUGAAUGUACUGACACAUGUGACAAAGAUACUGGCUCAUGUAGAUAUUGUUACGGUUACCGCAAUCCACCAUACUGCACUACAGGUUUUUGAUAUUAUUAUUUGUUAAAAAAUUUUUGGGUCUCAUUUUUAACAUUUUUUGUAAACUUUCGUGUUUAGUUAAAAAAAUAGUAUCACUUCUGUUUUAAAGCAGUUCAAAAUUGCUCUUUUAUCCACAUAGGUUUUAUUCAUAUUUAAAAGUUUCAACCUUUAUACAUCCAGUACACAGUGCGAUCUAGUUAGAUAAUUGUAUAAUUUUAGUACAUUGUAUUGACCAUUAUUUCAAUUUUAUACUUAACUAGUCAUUUUCAAAUUGUAUUUUUUAAAAGUUUAUGUAUACAAUUUACCACAAAUAGUAUGUAUUACAGUAACAAUCCCGAUAAAGGUUUGCAUGUACACUAUAUUCAUCCUUUCCCACGUUAAAAUCACCAAAAUAUCUGCCACACAUUAAAAAAAAAAUGCAUUCUUACUUAAAUAUUUAAUCUAUAUGUUUUUAAAAAGUCUAUAUUUUUAAUUACCAAUCGUGUUGUUUACUUUGAUCUAACACAAUGCUUGAAAGCAAUAACCGAAAAGCCAUAUUUUUUGCCAUUUGAAAUUAUUAACUGUCUUGUGAAUUAGCCAACAAAAAGCAUUGCAAUAACGAAAAAGAUUCAGUAUUACCCUAAGAGUGUUCACCUGUUAAAGAUUUAAUGUUAGGAGGACAUCGAAAUAGACUAUUUAUUAUACGUUCUUAAAACGUGUAUCCAUGUCUAAAAAAUCAAACUGGCACAGACACUGUUGUUUUUGAAAAAAAGGCUUUAUUAUUGUGCUGAAGUUGAUCUCGUUAUUCCUUUAAACAGUAUAAGUAUGAAUUUUGCGAUAUCUCCGUAAUGAUUUUUAGAUUGUUUAGUAGGUUUGAUGAAGUAUUAUCUUUAUGUUUCUUGUGCGUAACAUACAAAAAUAAAAGAAACACCAUCAGCAACGUAAGAAUGUGGGUGUGGAAGGAAGAGUCCACAAACCGAAACCGAUUAUCUUCUUUUUUUGUUUUUGACUGGUGCAUAUUCGUCCCAAUGGAGAAUUUUACGGUGGAAAAAUCCUGAAAAUUCACGCGUUGCAGAAACCCUAGCUUCGCUUCUGACUGAAAUACAAAUUUGAACGGGAUGGGAUACAUUUUUAAGAGUCUUCUUGAUGGAUAAAAUAAAUUGUUAUUUUUUUCUGCCUGACAUAAUGCAUGUAAAACAUUACACGUUGAGACUUGACUAACACUGAAUCCUUUAUAUUUAUUUCCUAAAAAAAAAAUAAAAGAUCAUUUUUCAUUGUUAAUCACAUUCUUUAAACUUUUCACUUAUGAUGCGUUCAUUUCUUAGAAGAUAGAUAUAUUUUCAUUUUUAAGAUACUGAAAAAAAUUCCAGACAGGAAUGAAGCAAUAUUGUUGAAACAAUUGCGUGAACAUCUCCACGAUGUCAAUACGAAGUAUGAUGUAUAUUGCGUAUUCUGUGAACUAUAAUUCUGUUUGUAGGAAUAUGAUCGUGGUAACUGAUAUAAGAAGAACAGUUGGACGCCAAAUUGUUAAGAAUAUGACAUCCGUUCACUUAAUUCAAAUGAUUAAAAUUACGAAAAUGCAUAUUUAUUCUCAUUUUAAAAAACAAAUUAACAUUUUAAGCUCUGCUUUCAAGUUGCAGAGAAAUUCAGAUGUCCUUAAGGGAUAGAAAUUUGAGAUUUACAUGUAAAAUGGUUUGGGUUGUGUCUUUUGAUAUAGUUUAAUAGGUAUAAAAAAUCUUCUGACCUUUUCAUAAAAAUAAUUAAAAUAAGUGUGAAAUUUACUUGAUGUGAAUUUAUGCUGAUAAGAAUUCCAGCAAGGCAUGCACCUUUGGAAAAUUAUGGUACCGUUUUGUAAAUGACAUACACUUAGUUUAUAUAUCUUAUUAAUUUUAGUUUUACUAACUUCCUCCGUUUUAGAGCAGUAUAUUUAUUAUGAUAUGAACUUUGUAGAAAUCAUGUCAAAACAUUUUUUCUUAAAUAUUUGUAUACAGCGUAUGGAAUGAAGGUUUUUAAUAUAAAAUGUCAUAUUGUUCGAAAAUUCCAUGCAUUUCAAUAUUUAUUGAUAGCAUAAAUUUAGUAUCUAAUUCAUUUACAUGUCAGGUUGCACCUCGGGUAAAUACGGAAGAAACUGUGCCAUAAGUUGCCCAGCAAAUUGUGACUAUUCUGGCUGUGAUCCUUUUACUGGCAAUUGCAAAAUGUGUAAUUCUGGGUACCAGGGCGACUUCUGCGAAAAUGGUACUACAUUUUAUCUCUAUUUCUAUAUA